AUGCAGUCGUCCAUUGACAUGAUUUUCGAUAAACAUUCGAAAAGGUACCCCGAUAGUGGGGAAAAAGUACUGAAAUACUCCGAUUUCAAGCAUUUAGUUUCAUGUGAUGAAUUUAAACAUAGCGAUUUUGUGUAUCUAUCCAAGGUUGCAUCCUCUAUUCCGUUGGACAUAUUUUCGAUUAUGUUUAUGGUAUCCGAUCCAGAGAACAAGGGGUACAUGGAAAAGGAAGAUUUCCGUAAGUUGUCCCAACAGUUGCUCAUACCAAGGGGGAAGGAUGCAGAUUUUGACACAGAUAUCAACAAGCUACUGUUUUUCGUUUUUAAGAUAUAUGAAAACAAGACAUUCAAAACUAACGGUUCUAAUAUUUACAACUUGAACCAUCCAAUAAAAAAGGAAUCCUUUAUUAAUUUUGUCAAGACUUAUAAUAAAUCUGAUUUGUCCUAUCUAAACAACUUGAUUGACAAUACAGAUAAGUUGGACUUUGACCACUUCUCCCAACUAAUGAACGAGUUGCCCAAAAUCAAACUCAACCAGAGUUUCCAAUCAUUGAAAAAUGGUAACAAUCAAAUCGAUCCUUCUCAGUUAAAACAAAUUGCCCAAACCAUCUUCUAUAAUAAGCUUCCGCCUCUAAUUGCAGACCAUUUGGAAGAAUUUGCCUCAAAUAAGUAUGGCUCGGCUAUCACAUAUGAUGAUGCUUUCAACUUGUUGAAAAUGAUCAGAGAUUUACCCAAAUUGAACUAUCUCACAUAUGAAAAAAUUUCUCAUGAUAAAAAUGCCAGUAAAAAGAUAUUUUUGACUUCAAGUUCUCUUUAUAAUUAUAUUCAGCAAACAAAAUCUCGAAACAAGCAUUUGGAAUCAAUUUCAAAUGAAGAAAUUUUACUUUAUUUUAGUUGGAACAGAUUUUCAAAUGAUUAUUUAAAAAAAAAUCCUUCAAUUCAUGCAGAUGAAUUACUGGCCAUUCUGACUGAUGAUUUAGUCAUACCAAAUGAAAAUACUUACCAUUCUGACGGACUAUCUUCGAUUUUCAAGUCCAUCCAUUCGUUUGUAUUGGGUUCUGUUGCUGGUAUGAUUGGUGCAACUAUCGUUUACCCAAUAGAUAUGGUGAAAACAAGAAUGCAGAACCAAAAGGGCAAUUCUCUAUAUACUUCUUACCUUGACUGUUUCAAGAAAAUUGUAAGAAAUGAAGGUCUCUUGGGAAUGUAUUCUGGACUCUUACCCCAAAUUGUAGGGGUUGCACCAGAGAAGGCCAUCAAGCUAACCCUGAAUGACUUGGUUCGGGCAUAUGGGUUGAAACAAUCCAAAAAUAAUGAAAUAUCCCCAACGUGGGAGAUAAUUGCAGGCUCCACUGCUGGGUUUUGUCAAGUUAUUGUAACAAACCCUUUAGAGAUUUCCAAAAUUAGGAUGCAGAUUCAAGGUGAACAAGCAAAAUUUUAUAAGGAACAGGGGAAAAUCUUUCAUCCAAAGUCUGUUUUUGAAAUUGUCCGAGAGUUAGGUUUAAGGGGUCUCUACAGAGGUGCUCCUGCUUGUCUUUUACGUGAUGUGCCAUUUUCUUCUAUUUAUUUCCCAUCUUAUGCUCACAUUAAAAAGAACAUAUUUGGCUUAGAUCCUGGGAAACCAGGUAAACGUUCAUCUCUAGAAGCAUGGGAAUUGUUGGUUGCGGGAGCCGUUGCAGGUAUGCCUGCUGCAUUUCUAACCACCCCUUGCGACGUUGUCAAAACAAGAAUACAAAGUAAACCACAACCAGGUAUCCAACCGUAUGUUGGCAUCUCCAAUACCUUCAAGAGAAUUGUAAAGGAAGAGGGAGCUGGUGCUCUGUUUAAAGGUGGAAUUGCAAGGGUGUGCAGAUCUUCACCUCAGUUUGGAUUCACCUUAGCCGCUUAUGAACUAUUUCAGAAAACUAUACCAUUGAGUUUAUUUUAUGACACUGAAAGCCAAACACAAAAUAGAGUUAAUCAACAAGAUUUUGCCAAAAACAAUAGUGAUGGCAACCAGGUAAACUCAUCACCAGGCGAGUCUACAACCACUAUCUUUGAGUCUUCCAAGAGGUUCAAGCUUUCAUCCUCAGCAUCCACUGCCGACCUUAAUCCAACUCUACUCGCUCUAACAAAUUACUAUCAAUCUUUAAAGGAUAAGGAGGACAAGAAAAAAUGA